AUGAAAAGAUUUGGAGGAGGGAUUGUUGCAGCUGGCUUACUGAAGAGUAAUACUCUCACCUCAGCUAGGAAUUGUAGAAUGAAGAGUUUCGGAAAAAAGUCAAAUAAUAUUAUUAACAAUAAUAAUGAAUUGAUGAUGAUGGCGAAUAAUUUCCAAAGACAAUCAUUUCAUUCUUCAUUGUCUCAUCAUUAUGCUAAUCAAAUAUCCGAUCAAAUCAAUGAUGAUCAAAUGAUAAAGAAAAAUGGAAAAAUUAAAAUGAUGGCCGAGAUGAUGUUGAAUAAGAAGGGACAAUUGAAUGAAAUGCUGGGAGUUAAAAUUACAAAAUUGAAUAUGGUGUUGAAGGAGGAUCGAUCAAAUAUUGAUGAAUUGUUUGUGGAAAUGUCCAUGAAAUUGAGUGAUGUUCAUAUGAAUGCUAUUGGAUUGGUUCAUGGAGGUUCAUUUGCAACAUUGUGUGAUACUGCUAUUGGAACUGGUGCCUUGAUUUUUGCAACACAAUAUUUGAAGGGAAGUGGAAUGGUUGUAUUGGAUAAUUUUAAUCAAUUCUUGAAGAGUGCAAGUGUUGGUGAUGAGCUUGUGGUUGUGGCAAAGCCAUUGCAUUUGGGAAAGUCGACACAAUCAUGGGAAGCUACUGUUUAUUUGGGAAGCCCACCGAAUGGUAAAAAGAUUGCUCUUUCAAGAUCUACAAUUUUGAAUAAGGUAACCAGUGAGAGUGCUCAACAAAGCGAGACAGCAACAUCCAAUAGCAAUGCUUCCAAAAAGUUGACACCUGAAAAUUUAAACAAACUUGGAAAGAAUUUCAAUAUUGAAACCAUGAGCAAGCAAGAAAUUGCUGCCAAGUUUGACAAACAUAGUGAGCAGUGGGAAUUUCUUACCUCAGUCUCUGAUUAUCAAAAGAAUAUGAUUAGUUGGGUUGUCAAUGAGUUGAAGCAAUAUGCUGAUCAACAAUUAUCUUCUCCUCAAUUCGCGAAUGAAACAUUCAAAGUUCUUGAUUUGGCAACAGGAAAUGGUCUUAUUGGAAGAUCAAUUAAUAAUAUAAUUAGUCCACGUGUAAAGAAAUUGGAAAUGACUGGUCUCGAUCUCUCACAAGGAAUGCUUAAAAAAGCAAAGGAAUGGAAUAUUUACUCAAAUUUAUUUGUUCAUGAUUUGGAUCAACCAAUUAACAAUCUCUCAACCAAUGAAUCAUUCGAUUUUAUCACUUGCUUUGCAGUUAGUGAAAUGUUAACAGAUGUUGAUAAGGUAUUGCUGAGUGAAGUAUCACGUCUCUUAUCAAGGAAACCUCAUGCUCAGUGCUGGAUUUCCUUCCAACUCAAAGAUGAAGAUGCCAUUGCAACCGAUCACCAAGGAAUGAGAACCUAUAAUCUCUCUCAAUUAAGCUUCCAUGCUACAACAAAAUAAUUUGAAAAUCCUCUCUCACUCAAUCAUUCCAAAUGCAUACUAUCUUCCUUCGACAGAUUCCAACAUUAGCACAGCUCAACGUGUUCCCUAUAUCAUUGUAAAGUGUACUCACAAUUAA